UUAGUGGGACCCUAAUCAAAUGUGGACUAUUUGCAAUGAGAUGUACGGUUUUAAGCCUAAAAUUUUUUAAUUGUGAUUAUCUCACAAAUGUUUCACACUUUCACCUUUGUUUCUUACUUUCUUUCAAGAAAACAUCCCCUUUCUAUUUGAGUUCUAUUUGGUUCUUUUAAUUAACUUUGUCGCGAACCAAUAGAUAUGGCGAUGUUAGCUCGUCUGCGCCACUCCACCAUCAACACCCUUUGCCGGAGUCGCGAUAUCAUCAGUUCUCCAACCGGUCUCUCCGGCCGUAAUCCCAUUCUUUCAGGCGAUUAUGCUUCUUACAAGAAGACCGUACCCCAUUUUCCCAACCCACGGUACUUCCUGCAAACCCCACGCGCCGCCUUUUGCUCUGCCGCCGGCAGCCGGAACAAUGCGAGACCCUUUGCUGCGUUUCUUUCCGGGUGGAGAUCCAGAGUCGCCGCAGAUCCGCAGUUCCCUUUCAAGGUGGCCAUGGAACAACUGGUCGGCGUCAGCGCUUGCGUCGCCGGCGACAUGGCGACCCGACCCAACUUCGGCCUCGACGAGCUCGAUUUCGUCUUCUCCACUCUGGUCGUAAGCUGCAUCCUCAACUUCCUGCUGAUGUAUCUCCUAGCGCCGACCCAAUCAUCAUCAUCCUCUGCCGCCCGAUCUCCGCCGUGGAUUUUCGCGAACUGCCCCCGGAGCCACAUGUUCGAGCCGGGAAAUUACGGCGUCCUCCGCCGUCUGGGAACGUUCGCCUACAAGGGUGCCCUGUUCGCGGCGGUCGGAUUCGGCGCCGGACUGGUGGGGACCGCCGUCUCCAACGGGCUGAUCAAGAUGAGGAAGGAGAUGGACAGCGGCUUCGAGCCGCCGAACAAACCGCCACCCACGGUUCUGAAUGCGGCCACCUGGGCAGCGCACAUGGGAAUCAGCAGCAAUUUGAGGUACCAAACGCUGAACGGAGUCGAGUUCUGGCUGGCGAAGAGUCUGGUUCAUCGGCCAUUGUUGUUCAAGAGCUCUGUUGUGGCGCUGAGGUGUUUGAAUAAUGUGGUCGGAGGGGUGUCGUUUGUGCUAUUGGCUAGGCUGACUGGUUCUCAGAGUGUGGAUCAGGGGAAAUCAACUCCGGUCUAAUUCUUUCAAUUGACCAUGUUUUAGUUAUUUGUACUUCGUACUAUGAAGAACUUUUGGUCCAAAUAAUGAUCCAGUAAUGCUUCCUCUAUACGACAUUUUAUUGGCUAAUCAAUUUGUGUGCAUAUACAAUUUGACAGAAGUUCUAUGAAGAGAAUCAUUUUCCAAACAGACAGAAAGACUCAACAUUUAAUCG